AUGCACGAUGUUUUCCAAGUAACAUAUCAGGCCGUGCACGACAUGUACACGUUUGGCGCCAAGGCGCCAAAACCCCUGCGCAGCGGACGGUCGACUGUCACAACCAUGAACGACGAUAACGGGAAUGUAAGAGACCAGCGCCCCACCAACACUUCAACGGUCAAAACUCGCCAACGUGACCCCCAGGAUUUCACCGGUUCAGCCGACGCUGACGUUCUGGACUGGCUCAAAAAUUACGACCGGGUGAGCCAACACAACCGUUGGGACGACACCAUCAAACUCGCCAACGUCGUAUUUUUCCUCAAAGGGACUGCACUCCAAUGGUACGACAAUCACGAGGAAGAAAUUAAUUCAUGGGAUGCGUUCAAAACCGCCUUCGCAGACGUCUUCGGUACACCUGAACGCAGAAGACAACAAGCGCGGGACAAACUCUCCAGGAGGUACCAAGCCCCCUCCGAAACAUCGACGUCCUACAUCGAGGACGUCCUUCGCCUCUGCGGACGUGUCAACGCAGCUAUGCCGGAGGACGAAAAAAUCAAGCACCUCUUCAAAGGAUUAUCCCAAGAGCUGUUUUCCAUCGUCGCACCCAGGUCACCUCAGACCGUGCAGCAGCUCAUUGCAGAAUGCAAGCAUUAUGAAGACCUUCAAAGUGGUCGGAUCUCCAACACCGGAUUUGAACGGCUCCCUGAAGUUUCAACUACAACUGCCGACACUGACCUCCCCAAUCUCAUCAGACGAAUAAUUCGAGACGAACUGCGCGACUUCUUGGGAUCCCUGCGCCUCUCAGCCAGUUCUUCAAUCUCGCAACCCGAGGCGCCUAAGAUUGAACAGGUAAUCAAAGACGAACUUCGUGCUGCCCUUCGUCCUAUUUCUUCGUCGUCUCCCACAUGCAUGGCACCAUCGACUUCCUCACCACCCAUCUGCUCUUUACAGCACUCAGCACCACACAUUUGCGCUCUGCAAACUUCUCACAACGUCUCAAUUCCAUCCACACGCUACCUAUCACCCCGGCGGACAGAGGAAUGGCGCACUCAAGAUCAACGUCCGAUAUGCUUCUACUGUCACGCCCCAGGUCAUAUCAUCCGCUACUGCCGACGCCGCAUGAAUGCUGAAGCCUACAGUCGCACCCCACAGAAUCAAACUCGACAUUCUGACGACACCGACACGCGCCGAAAUUUCGACAACCACGGCAGUUCCAAUGACCGCCGCAAUUAUGACGACCAUCGCAACACACGUCCCUUUCCAGCUGCUGAAUUCCGACGUGGUCGAUCACCCUCCCCCUAUCCUCGACGAAACCGCUCCGUCUCGCCGUUCACUGACGCUACUACCGGACUUCCGUCGUCAAACUAA